AGCCUCACGUGAUGUUUUACCCGGACGAAAGCACCGAACGGACUGGAUUGCGCAUCGAGGGUCAAACGUUGAGAUGAAAUAAUAGUUUCAUCAAAAUGUCGAGUUUCUCUAGAUCUGCUCAGCAAUGGGCGACCUUCGCUCGGUCCUGGUUCCUCAUCGAUGCCCGGAUGCAGCCUCCUGGCAAAAUCGCCUCCAUGUGUUCGGUUCGGUUGCAGGGCAAACACAAACCCAUCUACCACGCACUGAGUGACUGUGGAGACCACGUGGUUGUGAUCAACUCCAGACAAAUCGCUUUCUCCGGGAACAAGUGGGAGCAGAAGGUUUACUCGUCACACACUGGGUAUCCGGGUGGAUUCAAGCAGGUCACAGCUGCACAGCUUCACCACAAGGAUCCAAAAGCUAUUGUGAAGUUGGCGGUUUACGGCAUGUUACCCCGAAACCUGCACCGACGCACAAUGAUGCAACGAUUGCACAUCUUCUCUGAUGAUGCGCUGCCAGACGACAUCCGAGCCAACUUGACAGAGGAGCUCCAGCAGCCGAGAGCGAUCCCCAGGAAGCUCAGCGAGUACACCCCGGAGGAGGUGGAGGCGUUCCCCAGGCUGUGGACGCCACCAGAAGAUUACAAGAUGAAGUGAAACCAGAGAGUCUCCAAAGCAUCCUCCACUUUAACUUGGUUUUUCUGUGGCCAGAGGAGCAUUCUGGGACUGAAAACAACAUCAGCUGAUUCUCUCCGGUCACACAAAACCAUCUGCUUCUUUUGCUGCUGUGCGUCUUCGGCCAACAGUUAAUUUCUCUGCCAUCAGACUGUUUUCCAAUUGGGAUUUAACUCUAACACGGACACCAUCCUCCUCCGUCAGAGGGGUCAGAGGAUCUGCAUCCCUGAUGCUUGAAGAGGCUGUUGGAGCACAGCUGACCUGGACCUUCAACAUGCAGCUCCAAUCAGACACAAUUCUGUUUAUGCUUCAUGAUCAUACCUCCAUUAAGUGAUCUAUUCUGGCUUGUGAGAGGGACAGCUGUUACAACUGGUCCCGCUUUUGUAAACGCCUCACAGGGGCAACCGGAUAAUGUGUUGCUAUGACAACGUUGACGUGCUGCAAAUGUUAA